GCUUCCUCUGCCUUACAGGGUGCGGACGGUAACAUUUUUCUUCUCCGGGUGUCCCAUCUGCACAGCAAAGCUACCCAGAUAAGAGAGGGGGGACCCUGGCCACCAAGAAACAGGACUACCUAUAUGGCCUUCUACCCCUAUUGAGCAGGCUUCCACGAUGGGCAUCUCAAGACGGAAUACAGGUCACCUAUUGAAACGUCCCCCUUUGUCUUCAGGGACUUGCCUAGAACCAAGGGGUGGGAACCCUGGACUUGUAAUUAUAGCAGUCUGUUCCCUCUGGGUUUGUGCCUCCUUGGCCCUGGCUUUAGAGCAGCAGCAGGGGCUUUUCCCAGACCCCUCAACUUGGACACCUGCUGAACUUCCCCCGGAGGAUUUCUCCACAUUCACCUCAGUGCAAAAUGACACGGACCAAUCCCAGGGACCUUGGGGACUAGCCAAAGAGGCUGUCCCUCUGCCUCCUGAGGUGCGGACUGAGGGGCAGACGGCCCCUGGAAACCUUUCCCUUUCCCAUGUGGUUCCUGAAGGUUCCAAAGACAAAGGAGCUUCCAGGCGGACGCGAAACCAGCAAAACCAGAACUCCUCCUCCUUGCUUUCACAGCACAGUUCUCUAGGUCUUGGGUCAAGGCUUCCCCCCCAAAUCAGGGCUUUGCAUGCCAAUGAGACCCUAAGUCUCAAGACCCAGGGUCCCCCAAAAAGCCACACUGAGGAAUCCCUUGCCCAAAUCAACCCGAUAGAUGCUGAUGGCUCCCGAGCCACUGGACUGCCUCAAACUCCAAGCAUCGACUCUUUGGGGACAAUGAGACCAACAGAAUCGGUGGAUCCUAUGGGGGACUGCAAAAUCUGCCUCGGACAUCAAGGUCUGUCCACAGAGUCUGCUGUGCCGGCAGCUGCCUCCAAAGUUCAGGCAGUGAAAUCCAGCUCCAGAGCCUUGUCCCAUCCCCAAUAUGAAGUCGGUUUUGCCCCUUCUCCUUCCAAGGAAGGCUUGGUAUCUGUAAGAACACACCCGAACCCUGGGCCCCCAGAGACACCCAGGCCUCCGAGCCUUCCAAAGGAGGCCAGGGGAGCAUUUAGUGCUGUCCCUUUCCCGAGUUUGGGGGUGUCACGGGGCACAGAGUCAGAGUCCCAUGUUCCCAAACUUUUGAGAGCCUCUCUUUUCUCGCCCAGCUCAGAGAACCCUCGGGGGCAGACCACUUCCACAAGUGCCAUCCUGGCUACCAGCUCUUGGCCCAUCGAAUCUGAACUUCAUUCCAGGGGGCCUAAGAAAGUAGCCCCCGCCUCUAAAGAUUCUUCUCCCAUCAGCCCCCUGGAUCACAUCUGGAGCUCUGCCUUCCCCACACCAACCAGAUUCGAGGAACGUUCUCCCAGUGUGAUUGGCUCUGAUGGGGAGUUCCUGGCAACUAUCAAAGAACACGAAGGGCAUUCUCGAUUGAGAGGCUUUUGUAGUGACCCCAUCCUUCAGCGUGGCCUCCCCACACAGAGGUCCGAGCUAUUGUCUGCAGGCAGUCGUGGGGUCUUUGAAGAAGCAUCCGAGCCGGUGGAAGCUGCUGACUCAGACUUGGGGUUUCUGCCAUCUCUUCCACUAAGGGGAGUUACACCCAAGGGAGGCCUGUCUCCUGCGGCUACGUCAGAGGCCCUGAGCCCCUCAGCCCUGGGGAAUGAGGAGACGGACUCCUCGAUUCUCCUGCCCGAGACCCUUAGGGCUACUUCCGAGCUUCCUCGGCCUGAGCCAACUCGGGACAAUGAAGUGCCCGAUACUCCAAUUACCCGGGAGCCUUCCACGGGCAUGAGCCUGUAUGGACCCACAAGACACGUUAGAACUCUUCAGCCUGGUCCCCACCGACUUGGGGCCGCUUCCAGCCAGCCCUCGUUUCCUGUCUUUCCCGGUGCCUCCUUCCCCACUGGCACAGCGCAGGACUCUGGCUGGGCAGCAGAACCUAAGAUCUUUGUGUCCAGUCCAUCUCCUGCCCCCUUCCCAGAGAGCCCUCUAACGGCUUCUCCGGGGGCUUCAGCCAAACCACAGACCAGCCAGGUGCCUGUUUCCAAUGCGGCUGCCGAAGUUUCCCAGAGCAGUUCUGUAGCAUCUGCCCUCCAAGGCAGCCCAGAGGCUACAGCAGAGCUGUCCCAUCUCUCUGAGAACUCGCCCUUGGCCAGAAACGGCAGCCCGAGCUCCCCGGGGACCAGGGCCACCGGGGAAGGAGCAGAGCUCUGGAUGGCACAGCCAUGGUUAGCCCACACUGCAAGCCCCAGUUCUCGGGUUGGGGGAGGCAGAACAAAGUCGGCCCCUUUCCUUUCUUCCCUCCAGACUCCUGCCCAGAUUAAGACAAGGGCCUCGAAGGCUCCAGUUCUCCCGAAGCCCUCGGCCUCCCCUCAGCCUGUAAUUCCAGAGUCCUUGGGAAUGCCAGAGGAACAGCUGGAGAACAUCUCUGAAGUCGGAGCAGGGUCAGCAAGUCUGGAUCAAGCGGUUCCCACAGACCUGGCGGCAUUCCUGCCUGGAUCUUGGGCCAAGGGCUCCACCCCGACCCCACCGACCACAUGGGCCAACACUUUCCCAUCUGAACUAGAAAAAGCUCAGACUUCUCUUGGUGGAAGGCAAGAGAGAGGACGCUGCCCCCCCGGCAUGAUGUCCCACCCUGUCCUGGGAACUCCGGCUCAUGUCAUUAGGUGGCUGGGCAGCAACCACUCCCCGUCUAAACUGAUGAUUGAGCCCUUAAAAAGGUCCACCUCUCCCAUGGCAGUGCCUUCUCGCCCAGAACCUGGCAGGGGAAUCUGGAGGUCCUGGGGGGUCCUUCCAAACUACCCAUGGUCCACUUCUGAAAGAGAAGGCCUGAUUGCGCUCUCUACAUCUGAAACCGGGGGUGCUGGAGGGGAACUGACCAAGUCCACACCAGUGCUGGAAGAGGACCAGGAUGAAGAUGAUCCAUCCUGGAACCCUAAGUUUGAGAAUCACAAAAUCCCCCUGAAGUUCCGUCUGAACCUGAUCUCCUACAACCCAGCCCUGGCAGACAAUUCUUCUGUCUCCUUCAGGAGACUCAAGUGGGAAGUCACAUUUACGUUUAGGCAGAUGCUGUCCCACAUGAAUGGAUUCCACGAAUUCUAUGUCUUCCAAUUCUUAGAUGGAUCUGUGUUUGUUCAGAGUGAGGUGGAAGUUACAGGAGACCCACGCCCCACGAGCUCAGACAUUAUCCGUUGUAUUGUCACUAUGGUGUAUCAAAAGAUGAAAACAUACUUCUCAUGGAAUGUGGACCUUCCAUCUCUGUCUUCCAAUGGCUAUUGGAUGGAAAAUCUAGAACCAGAGAAACUGCACGUUGCCUUUAGGAUCCCAAAGUCUGGUCUCCUGAGCACCGGCGACGCUCUCCAUUACCUUCUACAAAACCUCACGGAACAGAUGAUGCAGAAUUUGGAGGAGCUGUAUCCUGUAACGAAUAUAGAUUUCUUUGAUAUCAGGGAGAAUCAAGGCAAUCUGUAUCUCAAGGCCGAGGCCUUAUCCCACAGCCAGACCUGGGCAGAUAUCCCCAGCGUCCUAGAAGCCCUGAUUCAUCUGGCCAACCUGUCGGUGGAUCUAAGUUCACUCAGUGUGGAAGGACACUACCUGAAUCUGCAGCUCUUGCCCAUUACCUUCCACAUUAUCAACAGGAAGUUUGAGACAUUUUUGCUGGAGCCCAGAGACCCAGAGCACCAGGCUUUCUUCCAAGACCUGGCUAUUGCGGUGAAACACGCUCUGAGUAGUUACGGCGGCUUGCUGCAGGUGAUAAUUCAGGAUUGCCUGAAUGAUUCCUUCAUCUGUGUGGGAGAGCUACUGUUCCAGAUCCCAUCGCCCGAGGUCCAAGACAUCCUGCAGACCCUGCACAAGGCCAUCACCUCCGAUGGCCAUCUGGCCGACUCCCAGUUCCAAGUGGACUCCAGCUCCUUCUUGAUUGCAGAAGAACACCUGGACUCUCCUGAACCCAAGAAUAGGGCCAGCAUUAUUUCAGCUGCAAUCAGCCUGUCCAUCCUGAUUGUCUUCAUUAGUGCCUUCCUUAUAAUCCAGUGUCUGAGGAACAGGAUCUGCCACGAAGGCGUGUUCCCACGUCCUCCAAACUACCAGAUGCAGAGCGAGAUGAUCGAGUUGGAGAGCCAACAGGCCGAGAGUCCACUUUCUGGGAGAGAUAACUUGGGCUUGCAAGUCGCAUUGGAAGAGGAAUCUUCAAGCAGCUGCUAAAAGACCCCCUUUCUUGUACCAGGAUCUCCGAAGUAAUGAGCAUAGCUCCUCCUGCCUUAACCAAGAAGAGUUGCACAAUCUCAUUUAUUCUCCCUCCCGUUUACCAUCAAUCGGGUGUCUCUACUCAGUCUUUAGAGCUAGGUUCGGACCUGAGCAUGGUUGGUUUUGUGUGUGCAUGGGGAUUUUUUUUUUCCCAGAAAGAAGAUUAUUGUGAAUUAUGUCCUGUUUGGAUGUUUAAAUUAAAAGCAAUUUUUUAAAAAACUGA